AUGUUUAACAAGCAAGAACCUAAAGAAAACAAGGCCAGGUUCAAACAUGGAUCGUUUUUUCCCCGUUUCAGAGAGCCAAGCAGUAUUGAGAAAAUCUUGGGGGAAAUUGACCAACAACACAACCUUCACCUACUCCAACAAUCACAACCACCUUCAUCUACUCCAACAAUCACUUCUCUUACACUUGUUCAUCAUGAGAUUACAGAACCACCUCUACAACACCUUUCAGCUACCAGGAUCCAGGCUGCCUUUAGAGGCUACAUGGCACGUAGGAGCUUCUACUCUAAACCUUUGACAACUGGUAUUCUGAGGCUUCAAGGUGUAGUUAGAGGUCAGCAUGUCAAGAGACAGACAGUCAAUGCCAUGAAGCAGAUGCAGCUGUUGGUCAGAGUCCAAACACAAAUACAGUCGCGAAGAAUCCAAAUGUUAGAGAACCAACCACUCAAACCCCAACCUAACAAACAACUCAACAUACUACUGGUAACCAUUUCUUCAUAA